AUGAAUAGCCUAAUGCUACUGGGAAAAUAUCAGGCAACUGUCAUGUCCAUCCAAUAUCAUGUCACAGGCAGUGGCAUGUACCUGUCAGUAUUUAUGAGUCAGUUGAAGUCUGAUAAAAGGCGAGACAAGUUCAUUCCAUCACAUAAGUUAAAUGAAAUUUGGAAGUUGUAUGCACUAAUUCUGAAAAUAAAAAAAAUGAGUGAUGAAAGUGGUCAAAGGGUCUAUCAAGUGAGAGGAAAUGGAAUGGAAAGCAAGCAGACAGGAGUGGGCAACCUGGGACAGAAAAACACCCAGACAGAGCUGGUGCAAGUUCCCCCUGUGGUCGUCCACACGCAAGCUGGAGUUGCCUUAAUGCAAACAGGGAUUUUACAUAAUCAGCCACUUGUACAUACCAACAUUAAUGCACAUUCCCAAGUCCAAACACACUCGCAGAUCAGUGCCCACUCUCAAACUCUGCAGAGUUUAGGACAUACUCCAACUCAUGUCCAUGUUCAACCUCACACAACAAUACAGCAACAGACCCACUUGCAGCAGGACAAUCAGAUCCAACAGCAAGCGAUUAUACAACAACAGACACCAACACAACAGAAACUUGUACAGCCACAGACCCAUACCUCAUCACAGACACUUUCCCAGCCUCUUACAGAAGUGUCCCCUCUAACAAGGGCUCUCUUAGUGUACACACAACCACAGUUACAACCAGAAUCUCAAAUCCAGACGCAAGAAAUCCACACCCAGCCGCAGGUACACACCCACACCCAAAUCCAAACACACAGCCCAGUGCAGAUUCAACCUCAGAUCCACUCCCAAGCUCAGCUUCACAUCCAGCCUCAGGUGCAUACAAACUCCCAAGUACAAGUCCAGUCUCUUACGCAUGCACAGCAACAGCAUGUGGAAGUGCAGCCUCAGCUCUCCCACUCUCAGUGUUCACUACAGCCACAGCUGCCUACUGCUGCCCAGACACCAAUAAUGCACACUAUUGCUGAUUUAGCAGAAGUACAGUUGCAGAGUUCAAAUCAGCAAGCAACAAAGGGCAGUGAUGGUCUGAUUGCAGUACGUGUACCAGUGACACGGCAGCAUGAUUCAUCUGCUUUCAACACACGUAACUUACAAACCACGAGUCUUGAACUUGGCCAGGUUCAAACUGCAAAUUCGCAAGCUCAGCUCAAUCAAACUCUCACAUCCAUCUCCCAGGAGCUUAGUACCUCACUCAACCAGAGCCAGAUAGUGGAUGCCUUAGGAACAGAGAGGGUGUUCGUAGCAUCGAAAAAUAACAAUGUUCAGUCAUCAGUCACUCUUGGAUCUUCUGUUACUUCUGUUGGAAUUGAUGGCCUACCUGUGAUGCGACUACAAGGAAAUUUCAAUAUCCAGCUUGAUGAUACUUCCCUCCCUAUGAUGAAUUCACCAAAGACCUCAUCUAAUACUGAAAUACCUCUAGUACAGCAGCUAGUAAAUUCAGAUAUAACAACUACUCAGUUAGAUACUACUCAACUUACAACUACACCAGUUAGUAGUUUGCAUGUAAUUCCACAGGGAGGUAUAGUACCCUCAGAAGUCAAGAAGAAUAAUGCACACUUUAAUUCUUUGAUUUCUAACAACAGAUUGUUGAAUAAAAUGCUUGAUACUGUUAAACCUCACAUUCCGUCCCAAGUAUCAAAGCAGGCAGAAAUUGCUCACCUUUUGCCGAAUCCAACAAUUAGAACCACCAGUGGACAACGCAUUGAAGAGCUUGAAGAUGGUUCAGUAAUGGCUUUUGCAGCAUCCAGUCGUGGUACUAGCCCAUUAACUACUUCAGCAAACAACCCAGGUGCCAGCAUAUGCUCAGUGACAGGGGCUCUGCAUGGUUCCAGUGGAUAUGGUGAUUCGGUAGAUAAAACUGCUACAACUUUGCAACUAGAUAGUAUUGUAGGACUUUCAACAAACUUCCAGGUUAAUGAUAAUACUUUGAUACUUCCUUCUUCUAUGGCUCAGGGACAAACAUCUCAGCAAAGACAGUUUGAUAAUUUACAGCAAAUUCUUGGCACUCAGGUUUCAAAACAAAUUGUUGACCCACAGUUAGAUGAUUUAAAAGGUGAUCAACUUAGAAUUUGGUCCACUACUGUACCAACAACACAAUUGAGCCAAGUAACAACAAGUAAUGCAACAAGUAAUAUCACUUCUGCGGGACAUUCAGCAAUAGAAAAAAAUAUGAAGAGAUCCAACCUGCAGUCAGUGAAUCAAGGUAAUGGAAACUUGAGAUCUUAUAAUGUUAUGUGUGUACCAGAAGGGUUGAAUAAAACAGGAAUGCUCCUAGACAUGCCUGUUAGAUCACAGGGAAAUGUUUGUACAAAAUCAGGCUUGAUAACUUCCAUAGAUCCAAUGUUCCCCACAGUUGUUGUCACUUCAGGCAGUUCUUCCCCAACAUCACUUGGAACUUAUGGGACCUCUAAAACAUCAGGUACAUCCCAUGAGAGUACAACUCGUGUGAGAUUAGCAGAUCUUUUGAAUAGAGGAUCAAGCACUGAUACCUUGCUGGGGGGUGGUACAAGUCUGUCACUAAUGGGAUUAUCAGAGAGUCGACUUCCGCACACUGGUGAUGUACUCCUGUCAGAGUUGCAUCGUAGUGAUGAGAGUGAUCUGAGCCUAAGUGCCUCUUUAACUGGCUCUGCAGGUGAUGAGCUUCACAGCAAUGCAAAUGCUCUGGUAACAGAGGCUUCUCUUGGACCUGGGAUUGGAGGAGACACUGCACCACUCCAGGGAUUGCCAUCCCCUCCACUUCCAAGUUUUAGCUUACCAAAUAUAACCUCUGAUUUCAUUGUAAGCGGAGUAUCAAAUAAUAAAGCCUGUCCAUCUAACCAAGGUCCACUCCCAGCUUUGCUUUCAAAUUUGGCUACAACGGCUGACCUUGAUCAGUUUUUAGAAAAUUCUAACAUGUGUAUUGACAUGAAUAGUCUUUCAGAGUCUGAUGCCUCACUAAGCACAGGUCCGGGUACAUUUGUUUACUCACCAGAAAAGGCUGAUAAUUCAAAGAAAUCAUCCUCAACAAGCUCAGCAGACCUUACUUUCACUAGUGCUCUGAAAGCUGCCACCAAUAAAUCAGAAAAUGAGCAGUUAAAAUUAGGCUCAGAAUUAGAGUCUUCCAGUAGACUUUUGCAACACCAGGACUCAACUGUGCUAAUUGAAACUACAAAGUCCUCCACACCAGUGGCUUCCACAAAAAAUAGUGCUUCGGGGUCAUUUAGUGGUCAGUUUUCAUCAUCGCAGGUGUCUUUAGGAACACAGAAGGUACAUUCAAACAGCUCAAAGAAAUCUGAAGGUCAAGGUAGUGCCAAAAAUACAGGUCAUAGUGAAAAGAGGAAAGAAAUAUUCAGAAAGAAUGAACUUCUUGUACAACAGGUAGCUUGCUUUAAGUGUCGCUUAUGUUCCUGUUUGAGUCAGGACAGAAGCCUGAUGGUCAAACACAUGAAAGAAAUGCACAGUCAGUAUCUUUCCGAGUCAGAAGAAUCAGAAGAGGAGGUGGAAAGACCUGUGUCAAAAAGAGUUAAAGUCUUUGUGCCAAGGAGUGAGAGCAGCCAGUCUGAGGGUUCACCACCACCCAAUCCUCCAAGUAAGAGUAAAGAAAAGUCAAGCAAAAAGAAACAGAAGGAAUCUGUGAUGAAAGUGGAGAAUGCCAAAGCAGCAUCAAGCAAGGGGAAGAAAAAGGUUAAAGUAGAAGAAGAGAGACAACCCAAUGGUACUAUAGGGGUAUUCAUAAAAGCAGAGCCAAAAGAGGGGGACUUGGUAGUGAAGAAAGAGCGUGAAAAGGAGACAGAGGAGGAUGAAGACCUCCAAUUAACAAUUGAAUUAGAAAACAGAGGAGAGAAUAAGAGUGAUCAGGACUAUGAUGAUGAUGACACCAAUGACAGUACCACAACGAAUGACAGUGGUAGUGUUAGCUCGGUGAAAACAUGCCAUGGCAAAGGUGAUCAACCUUUGUACAACAAAAAUGCAGGCAUCAAAUUAAAAAGGAGUAAUUCCAAAGUUCGUUUGCCUGACAAAAGCCAUGGAAUCAAGUGUGAUGUAAAUGGCUGUAAUGUAAGGCUUAAGAGCGAGAGCAAUAUUGCAUAUCACCGAAAGUGUCAUGUAGAGAAUUCCAUGCAGUGCCAGGAGUGUCCCACAAAAUUCGGAACAUGGAGGGAUUUGGCUCUUCACCUUUGGCGACAUCACCUCAUUGACAUUGAUUUGCACAAGUGUGAUAAGUGUGACUACAAGUGUUAUAGCUACAGCAAACUGAUGAAUGUACAUCACAAGAUACACAGUGAUGAAAGACCAUCCCUGUGUGACACAUGUGGCAAGAGGUUCAAAACUACAAAACAAUUACGUAACCACAAGGCUCUCCACCUAAAAGUGCCGCAGAUCUUGUGCGAGACCUGCCAGAGACCAUUUACAGACAAGCGGAUGCUGCGAAAUCACAUUGAGUUUGUACACAAGAAAGUGAAGCCGUUCUUGUGUAACUAUUGUGGCUAUUCAACUGCUUCCAAAUCUACCCUUAAGAUGCACAUGCGGCAACACACAGGUGAAAAACCCUUUGCCUGUGAGGAAUGUUCUUACAGGACAGCUGACCACAACUCAUUACGGAGGCACAAGAUGCAGCAUUCAGGCAUAAGGCCUUAUCGUUGCCCGUACUGCGAUUACGCUUCCAUCCAGUCCACGACGUUCAAGGUUCAUCUCAAGGACAAGCAUCCAGACCUUGCCCAGAGAAAUGGCAUCAUGUUUACCUGUGUGGUGUGCCCCUUCAAGACUAUAAAACGAGACAAUUAUCUGGCGCAUGUCGCUGAACACAGCAAAAAUGACAACAAGAAGUUACGACAGAGUGUUAGCUCAACCACCACCACUACCACAACUACAACCACCACAACCACCACUACUACUGCAACCAAAGAUACAUCACCAGAGACUAUUGUAAGUGAUAUGAAUCCUCCUCCACCACAUGUAGUCAAUAUUGAUGUCAACAGUGGAACAGUAACUGUUGAGACUCCACAAGAAACAGAUUUUCUAACCAACGUCAAUGUGUCGGGUGGACUCCAGUUACCUAUAUCAGGUCAGGUGAUCAUGGCCGGAGAUCAGUAUUUUUAUGCAACUCUGGAUUCCGCAGUUUUAUCUCAGGUACAAUCUAACGAAAGUGUGUUGCAUCUGACUCCCUUGGUUGUCGCAGUUCCAGUGACCACAGAGACAUCGAGUUCUCCCUCACAACAAGGGUUGGUGUAUGUAGACAGCACCACUCAGGGGGGACAAUGAUUAUCUACUUAGUGGGAAAAUAAAGAAAUCUCACCCACCCAAAAAUGGAAGACUUGUAAUGUCUCGCCUCAACUGCUUGCAGAAGAAGUUGGUUACUGAAGAGCUUAUAGGCCUAGGAGACUACACCUUUCUUUGUUAGUUGGUACCUCAUGGCGUAUCAUUGAGGUUGUACCCCCACCCCUUUCCUCUUCCUACCCCCCCCCCUAAAAGAAAAAAAAUAAGAAAUUGAAAUUUUUAUGUUUUUCUUAUUGUUUUCUUUUCUACUGGAGAAGAGGGUUCUCAGUUGUUGCAGCAGGGUAUUAUGAUGUUUAUUUCAUAAGAGAGAGGGAGUAGAUUUUUUUUUCCCCAGUGUAAAUGGUGAUAGACAUUUCUCUUUGACUAUAGUUGUUAGAGGAUCAUUCCAGAUAUAUAUAUAUAUAUAUAUGUUGAAAUGGUUAGUUUAGUUUAGAGUGAGGUUUGCAUUAUUGUUUAAUGACAAAGACUGAAUAGUAUGCCAAACCUAAUCUUAUGUGAAAUAUAUGAAAAGAAGAAGAGAAAAAAACAAUAUUCUGUGAUAAUAGUUACAGUGUUAUGUGUUAAGAUUGUAUUGAAAAAAUCUGAUGAAAUGGUGAUAUUCUCAGUUUUCAAAUUUCAUGUGUCUCAGCUAUCAUGAACCUUGAUAAUUACCUUUUAUAUGGAUUAUUUAAACUUGUCUUUUGUGUAUGGCAGCUUUUUAAAUGAAGUCCUACAAUGGCUUCCUUUGCUGUUAUGAUGAUUGCAGUGUAACAGUUUGAAAAAGAAGGAAGAAGAGAAAAUUUAAGAACCGGCAAUUUAGAUUUAGAAGCAAUGCAGCAGCUGGAUUAUACUGUAUUAUUCUAUUAUUUAUAUAUGCAUAUACAGUAAACCCCUAUUUUGCCAUUUUUUAAAAUUAAUAAAUCAAUAGAUAACAUAUACUGUUAAAAUACAACAAUAAUAAAUGAACUAAGUGAGAAUUACUCAAAGCAGAGCCAACUAAAACUCAGCACUGAUGUUACCCUUCCAGAUCUCAUCCAUAUCUGAUAUUAACUCUUGCUGUGGUGAAUCUUGUAGAUUUUCUCUGUGAUUUAGAGCUUUUGUGCUUGUUUGAUAACCUAGGGCCCAAAUGUAGUGCUUGUGAUACAGGUUGCAAUCUUCCGAAGUGGCAGUGGAAAGUGAUGGCCCUAGUAGAUAAGGAAAAUGUGUAGAAUAAUAGUGUCUGAUGUUGUUGUUGCUUGUAUGUUUCAUGUGAAUGAAUCAACUGCAUGAAUUGUCAGCAAGGGAAAAAAAGGGAUAUAUGAAGCAAUUCAAGCUAGUCUCCUUUGCCACUGUAAAAGUGUUGAAUUAUGUGGAAAGAAAAUGAAUUCUUAAGAUGGAGAAUUCACUCUUUAAUAUUUGUUACUGUUGUACACUUAAUUUAUUUCUCAUCAAAUGCAGGGGCACUGGAAUGUAACCAUGAAGCAAAAUAAGGAUUUACUGUAUUGUUCUCAUUUAUUUGUAUAUUUAUUUAUCUUGAGCAUCUGUUAAUAGUCCUUCUGCAUUGAUGUAUUUUUGUUAUCUCUGGUAACAUGGCUGUGACUAAAAGCUUGUGUAAAGAUUGGGCACUGAGAACUAUGUAUUGUCCAAGUGUCGCUGGUAUAUGAUGUUAAUGUUCAUACCUUUAGUGAAACAAUUAUUUUGUUUAAUAUUUUAGUCAGUCUAACUCUUUCUAUAUUCCUUGGAUGGUUCUGAGGAAAUGCUUCUGUUUUGUGUCAUCUUUAGUUCUUAUGAAACAAGAAUCACACAUUUUAAGUCUUUCAUAGAGGUACAAGGCACAUUUUUCUCUGCAUACUUUUUGAAAAAUUUUAAUCGUCUUCUAUGGAUAUAUAGUACUAAUGUUCUUUUUUUCUUUAUGUUUUGUCCUAGAAGUCUGAAAAUAUAAAAUAACAAGUAUAAUAACACUUGAGUUCUUGCUCAAGUCAGUCUAGAUGUGUGAGGCUUUUUAUGGAAAUCAAAUACUUUCUUUGUUGCUAGACAAUACAUGUGGAUAUGCAAAUACAUGAAAAAUGUGCAUGUUAUUGUAAUGGGGAUGCAUGUCUAAUUCACUGGAUUAAAUACAUUGCUGUCAUCAGUGAAUCCAUAUGAAUAUAGGGAAUAUAUAUAACACUGAGACUGUUUACUAGAUUUGGAAAAUAUUUGUUAAUUUUCGAACACACCUAAAUUAGUAAGAAGUAAGAAUAAAUGAAAAGUUAAUAACAUCAAAACCUGUGUAGAUAUUGGUCAUAAAAUAUCUUUAGAUUUUCAGUAUUUGGCAAGAAACUUAUAGAUAGAAAUUUGCAUUUUCAUUGCUCCCAGGAAUGCAGGAUAGUUGUUGUUGUGAUAAAACCAUGGAAGUGUUGGUCUGUGAUAUCUGCAGAACUAUGGUUGUAUUAAUGGUAGAAUUCUGGCAGGCAUAAUAUAAUUUUUUUAGAGAAUGGUUUACUUAAUUGCUUGGACUCCAUACUAGAUAACGAUGAAGAUCAGGAAUAAGAGAGAUUUAAAAUGAGAUUAUAUGUUAUUACAAGAAUGAAUGACUAGUGGAUAGAAGGAAGGAUGUGAAAUUGUUAGGGUAACAAAUUGAAGAAGAGGAAGUAGGAUCAUAUUUUGUAAGUUACACUGGUAAGGUCACAAAGGCUUCAUAAGUGAAUGAGAGACUUAACAUUUUUAUGUACUGGUCUUCAUUACUGCAUAUGCUUUCACACUUCAGUACAGAUACACAUAAAUGGAUCCACUUGCAUACAUAUGCAUAUUUACAGACAUAUGCAAAUACUUGUGCACACCCACAAACACACACAGGCAUAAUGACAUACACACCAUGCAUCUACACCCACACCCACUUCCAAGUUUCUUUUCCUAUUCUUCCUAUCCUUAAUCUUCUUUUCAUCUUCUCUUUCUCUUGUUUCUUUCUUUCUUUUCUUUUCUUUCUUU